CUAGUGUUUAGGUCUCCGCCAGGUUACCUCCGGAAGUAAAGCGCUGUCUGAUUGGUUAGAAUCUUGGGUCGCCUAGCAACAGAGCGCGUCUGCUGCCCGUGAACCAGGGGAGCUGUGAUUGGCUGGGGAUCAGCAUACAGCGCCUCACUCUGUCUGCGUGACCCGUAAUACCUAUUAUAACAACACCCGAAAUAUCCAAUGCUCCCCAACUGGGUAGCUGCCUGCCCCUCCACCACCAGAGCCCCUACCCACCGCCCCCCCUCUAACACUGAUACCAGUCCUCGCAGGGCUUCAUCUGCUGCUUAGUCCGUAUCGCUGUCCAGCAGUCAUGUCACUGCGCACUCUGCCCCUGCUCUUUGUUAACCUGGGGGGAGAGAUGCUCUAUAUUUUGGACCAGAGGCUGACAGCCCAGAACAUCCCCCCGGAGAAAGCCAGGAAAGGUGAGCGCACCCUCCCUCCUCCCCCUAUACCCCGUGAAGAUAAUGGACCGACAGGAGAGACCAACACGAUGGCUGUCUAACAGAGAAUGCACACUGUGUACAGGGAUUGUUGGGAAUUCAAAGUUAAUUUCAUAAUUGUUAAGGCAAAUGCGAAACAUUAGAAAACAAAUCUAUAUUCUAUCCAGAUUUGGCUUAAAAUUCACAUUGAGAAUUAGCCAAUCCCAAAUUGUAAGGGAAUUUUGUGAAUUGCAAAUAUUAGGCAGAAAAUUAUCAAACUGUGAAAAUUAUUAAACUGCAGCUGAGCUUGGAGAUUUUUUUCCAUACCCGCUGUAUUUGCCUAAAUUUUGCCAUACGGAUUUCAGAUCGCUCAGAUUUUAAUUAUUGUGAAUGGCCCCUUUUAUGAAUUUACUUUGAAUUCUUGACCAUUCACAUUUUAGUGAAUAAUCCGUGUAUAACAUUCUCCCUGAGAGUUCCCCGAGUUUCCUGAGAAAUGUAACAAUGUACAUAAUGUAACCUGUGGUGUGUCAGAUCUGAGUGUGACCACUACUGCAGGCUGUCGUUUUGGUAUGCUUAGUGUGCUCCUUUAAAUUUAACCAGUAGUUAUGACGUGUAGCUUAACUAAAAUAUUUGAAGAAAAAACCUUAAACAGGGACAUGGUUUCAAGAUUUGAUCCAGUUAUGAAUCUGAAUACUUUUUCUGAGUCUGGUCUAAUGAAUGAAAAUACACAAGAAUUCACACAUUUAAUUUUCAGUGUUAUUCACUAAAAUUAAAAUUUACUAAGGAAUGUAAAAUUUUAGACCUAAACAAACAAACUGAAAAAAAACCUUUAGUCAUAAAGGAAUACUCCCACCAUUUUUAGUGGUUAUAGUGGCAGGACACACCUGGCGCCAUCCCACCUUUCUAACACGGUUUAACAACUUACCUGUUCCUGCUGGACUUUCCUUUCUUCUUGAAAUUCCCCUUUGAGUACAGUAACACUGACAGUUUUUUGAAAAUGUUGCACUUGAUAUGGUAGAUAUAUUUCAAACAAAUAAUAUAAAUUUUGUAGAGAAAUAAACUUCUAUGAGAAGCUAGACAAAGAAAUACGUUUUAAAUGGGUCACGAUUUAAGGUGAUGCAUUUAGUAAGUGUGGGUUGGCAUUUUUGAGGCAGUUUAAAAAAGAGCUAUUUUGGAACUGUUAUUAUUAUUAUUAUUAUUAUUAUUAUUAUUAUUAUUGGUAUUUAUAUAGCGCCAACUAAUUCCCCAGCGCUUUACUAUAUUAUGUUAAUAAGCAUUUUAAUAAGAGUGCUUCAGUUAAAUUACCUCCUAAUGCAGUGGUGCAAUGGACCGAUAGUUUUAACCCUGCUAUGUAACGCAUUGCUGUUGAGUAUAUAUUGCAGUGCUUACAUUUCAGUAUUAAAUCUGCCUCUUGGUGGCUGUCGACCUAUUUACACAUUGCAAUCAAAGUUCGAAAUUAAAGUCCAGUGUUAUACAUUUAUGUAUAACACAAGCGUGAACCUACUUUAGAUUACCCCCGCUUCAGGUGCCUCUUUGGAGGUGACCACAGGAAAGUAUAAAUUUGAGGAGGUUUUGGAUAGUAAUGUCACUUUAAUUGUAAUUUUAAUUUGGUAUAGAACAGAUAUAUGAUAUGCAUUGUGAGUAUAUACAUAAAAGCACUAUCACUUUCAUUGUUUAGUUUUAACACUGCAUUUUAUAAAAAUAGUUUUGUCACAUUAAUUUUGCCUUAUACAUAUUCACAAUGCCCUUUCACUAAUUCUGGCCCUAGCUGAUAGAGGAAUGGUAUCUAAAGAGAGAAAACAGUCCCUGCUGGUAAAAUAACAUGAUAGAAUUAUUCUGUCAUGGGUCCUUAAGGGAAGGACAUUUAUCACGGAUGAAUUCCGUCAUGCGUUGUUAAUGGGUUAAACAGGCUCGUAAGAAUUGGAGAAACUAAGGUAAGGUGUAGAUGAUACUGGAUUAACUACUUGGCUGUUGCUGUAUCUAAAAACAAAAUCAGAUAAGUAACUAAGGGAUUUCAUCUGCUAUCCCAGGAGAAAAUGGAUGGCAUCAUGAUUUACUAAUGUAAUGUUCUUGUUGAGUUAAGUGGUAAAUUGUUUUGUCAAUAGCAGAUAAGGGGUAAACUAUUUAAUGACAAUGUAUUUUGAACAUUCAGUCCUUUUCACAAUAUGUAUAUCCCCUUAAGGACAGUGGGCAUUCUAUGCCAUCCUUUUUGAGGCAGUCCUAAAUGCCAGCGGGCGACAUAAAACGUCCCUGCCGUCCUUCGUCCUUCAUACUAACUGGGUCCCCGCCGAUCCCACGCCGGCGGUCCCGAUGUCUGCCUUUAGAGCUCAGGCAGACCACCUCUGCCCCAUCCGGCCCCUUGCAUACAUCCAUCUAUAAAAACACACACCCCACACCACCCCACCCCCACAUGGUAUAACAAAUGGGGUAUGUCCAGUCUUUUUUAGUAGCCCAUUUUAUAAUUGAGAUAUAUAUAUAUAUAUAUAUAUAUAUAUAUAUACAUACACAUACACACACACACACACACACACACACACACACACACACACACACACACACACACACACGUCAUUCUAAAUGUAUUUUGAAUUUAAUAUAUAUGUAUAUUAAAGGACCACUAUAGUGCCCUGAGGGUGCCCCCACCCUCAGGGACCCCCUCCCGCUGGGCUCUGGGCAGAGGAAGGGUUAAACUUACCUCUUUCUCCAGCGUCGGGCGGGGAGCUCUCCUCCAUAGUGACGUCAUCGGCUGAAUGCGCAAGCGCGGCAAGAGCCGCGCACAUUCAGCCAGUUCAUAGGAAAGCAUUUACAAUGCUUUCCUAUGGACGCUGGCGUCUUCUCACUGUGAGAAGACAGCCACUAGAGGCUGGAUUAACCAUAUUAUAAACAUAGCAGUGGUCCUUUAAUAUCAAAAUACAGUUAGAACAAAUUAAAAUCAGUAUAUAAGGUUUAAAAAAAAAAAAAAAAUUAUUUAUAUAUGUGUAUAAACAGAAAAAUUUACUUUCCAAAACACCAUAAAACCUGUACAAUGAGGAUACUGUUUUACUCAUAAGACAUCGCUGAAUACAAAUAUGUGAAGUUUAUUACAGUAACCGCUAACAGUAUUGUGACAUACUAAAAAAAAUAACAAAAUGUUUAUGUGUGGGUGCACAUAAUAUAAAGAGGUGAAUUACUCCUGAACAGACAGUGCAAAUUCAAGGUUUUGUUUUGAUCACAACUUGUACAACUUCCUCAGUCCUUAACCCCUUAAGGACACAUGACGUGUGACAUGUCAAGAUUCCCUUUUAAUCCAAAAGCUUGGUCUUUAAGGGGUUAAAGGACCACUCUAGGCACCCAGACCACUUCAGCUUAAUGAAGUGGUCUGAGUGCCUGGUCCUUCUAGGGUUAACCCAUUUUUUCUUAAACAUAGCAGUUUCAGAGUAACUGCUAUGUUUAUGAAUGGGUUAAGCCUUCCCCUAUUUCCUCUAGUGGCUGUCUCAUUGACAGCCACUAGAGGCGCUUGCGUGCUUCUCACUGUGAUUUUCACAGUGAGAGCACGCCAGCGUCCAUAGGAAAGCAUUAUGAAUGCUUUCCUAUGUGACCGGCUCAAUGCGCGCACAGCUCUUGCCGCGUGUGCGCAUUCAGCCGACGGGGAGGAGAAGAGGAGGAUCGGAGGAGGAGAGCUCCCCGCCCAGCGCUGGAAAAAGGUAAGUUUUUAACCCCUUUCCCCCUUCCAGAGCAGGGCGGGAGGGGGUCCCUGAGGGUGGGGGCACGAGUGUUUUCCUGGCACUAUAGUGGUCCUUUAAGGGGAUAAAUUGAGCAGACUAUUGGAGACAGACAUUUUUAAAAUAUUUGUUCAAGCAACUUUCACCCACCAACCCCAAUAGAAAUAGUACCUAAACCUCCACUGCCACCCCCACCCCCCCAAAAAAGCAGCAUGAAUCUUAUGAGGUUUUAUAAGUACUAUGGUCUGUUUAUCUAUUAAUAAAUAAUUGAAAUGAGUUUUUGUUGGACUAUUUUGUAACAGGUUAGACUUAAAGGGACACUAUAGUCACCAGAACAACCACAGCUUAUUGUAUUUGUUCUGGUGAGUAGAAUCAUUUCCAGCAGGCUUUUUCAUGUAAACACUGCCUUUUCAUAGAAAAGUGGAUGAAAAUACUAUCCCAAUGGGGAUAGAUGGUGUGCUACAGAGACCUAUCAAUAUGGGGUAACCCAGCAAAAUAUGCACAAAAUAAUAACUAUAAUCUAAUAUUCCUAGGCACAUAAGACCAAAGUAGCCAUUGUACAGCGCUACGGAAUCUGAUGGCGCUAUAUAAAUAAUAAUAGGCCCUCAGUAAAUGUAUAUACCAUGUUUAUACUAAAGGACCUACUUUGGUCUUAUGUGCCUAGGCAUAUUAGACUAUAGUUGUUACUUUUUUUUGUUUACAUUACCCCCAGGGACACUUCCAGUGGCAACUCCUCAGAUGUUGGGUGUGUAUGUGACAUGUCCGUGUGUGUUAAUUGAUUGGUGUAUUUGUGUGUGGGAAUGCAGGAGUUUUUUUUGUUUGUUUUGUGGAAUCUCACACUGUUAUUGCCAAAGACGCUUUUUCAUCCUUGUAUACACACAUAGCCAUACACAUGCUUUUCAUAUAAACACAGUGUCUGCAUUUGAUACAAAGGCACUCCUUCGAAAAUACAUUGUUUGGCAUCGACACAGGCGGACAGACACUCCAUUUAAAUGUUCUCCCCCUCUAUUCAUACAUGCAUCCCUGCAUUAUUUAGUAAAUUCCUUAUUAUAUAUUAAUGUUUUACCAGGAAGGAUAAAUUGAGAUUUUCUAGUAUAAAGCACAUUUUGUGAUUAAGGGACACAGACUUAAAGGGACAGUAUAGUCACCUAAACCUCUUCAUCUCAAUGGAUACAGUGGUCCUUUAGUUUUAAUUGUGGUUAAAUCCAUAUCUAGUCUUUCUGACAGGCACUAGAGCAAGGAAACACAGUGAGUAAUAUUUAUUUAACUUUAAUUUUUAACUGCAGGCUUAAAGAUGGGUCGACAGAAGGGAACCUUUAGUCCCAAAAUAAUGUUUUAUUUUCUAGAGUAUAGGUUCCAUUUAACACAAGUAUUCUCUCUGCAUUAACUCAUACAUACACAUUUGCUUUGUCAUACACACCGUAAAUGUAUCCAUUAGUUUACAUGCUAUACAUAUUCAGUGAAUAAAAAAACAAAACACUUAACAAAUGUUAGUCGUGAGUAACAGCUACACCUGGAUAGUAACCUUUGACUUGAAUGUUUAAAGGUACAUUCAAGCACCAUAACCACUGCAUAUAUGUAGUGAUUAUGGUGCCAGGAAUGCCCCUUCCCAUUAUAAAAUUGUUUUAUAGAAUGGUUUGAAUUCUUAACUGGUAUAUGGAGUACCCUGCUCACUACCUCCACUACAUAAACUAGAGAGGCGUAACAUCUCUGUGUGAGUUAAGCUUGACAGUGUAGUGCUUAGCUCAUUUGGUUGAGAGAUAUACAGGAGCUUCCUUGCUCUUUGCUGAGGUAGUGGGGGUGGGAAGCUGUACCCGGCAGGUUAGAAACCAUUGCCUGUGAGAGAAAGCAGAGAAUCAGGAAAGACCAUGACUGUGUAGAUAAAAUAAAUACAUUGUGUUCUUAAACCAAUCUGUUCAUUAUCUGCUUCACGUAGAGGAUUGGACAAAUCAAGACAGAAAACGAGGUACAGUGUGCUUAUAUAUAAGAUAGCGCCUCUAGGAUUCCCUGCUUCCUUUUGCUUCUGCUUCAUGCUUCCAGCACUAUUGGCUUAGUGCUGUACAGGUCAAAUGCGCGUGGGAUUCUGUCACAUGUGAAAGGCUUUCGACCAACGUACUCUGCACGUGCACAUUUAUAUUAAAUUUGCUUUUCCACUGUUAUUUUUAGUGCUAUUUCUUUUAGAUUAUUCUAAUCUAAAUAAUACUGGUCACAUAUUCCCCCCCCCCACCCCCCCCUUGCUCUCAGGGCCAUCUAAACUAUGAGGCAGUGUUCAAACAUUGUUCAGAUGCCCUUAGCAACUGCCUAAUCCAGUGUUUUUGUUUUCUGCGUACCACUAGCUUUCCCUUUCUGCUUGAAUUAAAAGUACUGCACUGUGUUAACCCUUUAUCCGUCCUGUCAAGCAUGAGUUUAUUAUAUCCCUUAUAAUGCUUAGCAGGUUGAUAAAAAAAUACUGCAUAGUGAACCGCAGUAGAUUGAAUUUUAAGGAAUAUUCUCUAUCCCAAUAACAAUUUCAGCUCACUAAGGUUCGAAUGUAUGGGUUGCUUCUUCACUGGCGCCUCAAACCUCUGGUGGUCCUGUGUUGCACCUCUGGCUUCUGCAGAGCCCCAGACGCUGUCCCCAUUCAUUAAAAUUACACAGAAUUGACAUUAGCCAUCUAGAGAUCCAAGCUGUCUGACACCCCAAUGAUGCUGCAGGAGAUGUAAACUCCCCUUUAUACCGCAACUCUGCAAAUACAGACAGCAUGCACCAUGACCACUUCAAAUCACUGAAAUGGACACUAUAGGCUUCAAAACAACUUUAGCUUAAGUAAGCAGCUUGAGUGUAUAAAUCACGUACCUGCAGUUGCAGUGCUCAAUUUUCCACUUCUUAGGAGUUAAAUCACUUUUGUUUAUGUUUAUGCAGCCCUAGCCACACCUGGCCUGGCUGUGACUCGCCACAGCAUGUGUGGAAAAAAUGGUUACAUUUUCAAUCAAAUGUUAUCUUACUUUAGAGAUCUUUAUGUAUUGCUCUGUAAAUUGAACAUUACAGACUCCUGCUGGGUCUAGAAGGCUAUUAACAGAGCAGGAGAUAAGACAUUCUAAAUCAAAUAGACUGUGCAAUAAAGGAAGUUUAAACAUUCAAUGUUUCUUUACAGGAAGUGUAUAGGAAGACUCUGUAAGUCACAUGCAUGGAGGUGUGACCAGGGCUGCUUAAAAUAAGUUAUUUAACAUCUAAAUGGCAGAGAAUUUAGCAGUGAGACUGCAGGGGUACGAUCUGCACACCGUAACUGCUUUAUUAACCAACAGUUGUUUUGGUGCCCCUUGAAGAUGUCAUGGUGCUUGGAGUACUUUUUAAUAUAGCACUACAAUCUAAGAACCCAUUGGUAGAGAUGUUAAACCUCAAGAAGAUGUACUAUAAAUACUAAGUCCAUAACACCAGCAGCUACACAAUCAGUGCAAUAAGCUGGUCACUCUUCAUAUUGAGUGAUACAUACGGUUUAUAAAUUAGACACACAAUGCUAAAAUGUCAUUGAGCACAAGCUAAUACUAUGAAAGCAACUGUAAUGGGAUCUAAAGUUAAAUAUCUGCCCUACUAGGUUUGCCCUGGUCAUCUGUAAGAGCUAUUAUUUUUUUACUGGAAUAACUGUGUGUCAAUAACUUCACUUUUUGUAAAACAGUGAGUUCGCACACAAAUGUGAAAACUCUCAAAUUAAAGAGCAAAAUAUUAAUAGGGCUUAUUUGAAAAAUGUCACUCUGCAGAAAGUUAAUGUUAAUAAAAGUAAUGUUGUGAUGUGUAUAAAGCACUCUGCUAAUGACUCCAAAGGUGGCACAGUCCACACCAUACAUGCAAUAGCCCCUUCUGAAUCCUCCAGCACUCCUGGGGAUAAGAUUCAAAUAGCAAUCUAGGGGAAUAAGGACUUACAAUGGUGUAAUAACACUUUUUAAGGAACCUCCACCGUAUACACCCUGUGUAGUGCACUUGCACUCGGUCUGUAUCUAGUCGGUCUGUAUAUAAACAGGGAGAAUCUCCAGUAGUAUGCCACACUUUAUUAGUUCCCAAAAAAUAGAUAAAAGUACAAAUAAAUAGCCAAUAAAAUCUGUAUGACUGGCUCACAGUUCAUGGAGUAGUUAUUUUGAUCGCUGGCAGAUCCACCUUCCACCGAUGCUACUCGAUCUUCCUCUCCCUUGAACGCCAGAUACGUAAUGUCGGCACCACGUGACUUACGCGUUUCGCCCUGGGUGGGCUUUCUCAAAGUCUGUUGGUGCCGAGGGCCUAUCUCUGUUAAAUACUCCCAAAAUAGUAAGCAAUUGGCAGCAUUAGAGCUGCAGAUAGUCCACAAUGUAUUUGAUUACUUUUUAUCCGUAACAGUUUUUAAUAAGUUGUUAAAAGGAUACACCUCUUCAACAUGAAUUAAAUAAAUACUCUCAUACAAAUAUGGUUAUUAUAAUAUAUGAAAUAAAAUAGAAUGACCCCUAUAUGUAAACAUUGCAUAAAUAACUUUUAAAACAUAUAAAGCAGCAGUUUGAAUCAUAAUUUAAAGGGAUACACCUCUUUGAAAAUAAAAUAAUCUUUUGAUACCACCGAAAAUUCUUAAAGGGACUCUCCAGUGUCAGGAAAACCCGUUUUCCUGGCACUGCGGAAUCCUGCAGUACCCCUCCCUCCCAGCCCCCAUCCCAUGUUGCUGAAGGGGUUAAAACCCCUUCAGUGACUUACCUAAAUCCGGUGGCAGAGACCUAAUGCACAUGCGCGGCAAUUGCUGCACGCAGACCUCCCCAUAGGAAAGCAUCUAAAAUAUUCUUUAAACACCAGCGAAUAUUCUUAAAGUGCAACAAGCACUAUUGAAUGAACUUUCUGCAGAGUGAUAUUUUUCAAAUAAGCCCUAUUAAUAUUUUGCUCUUUAAUUUGAGAGUUUUCCCAUCUUUGUGCGCUAACGUACUGUUUUAAAAUAUUAAAUUUUUGAGUCUUACAUACAGGGGAAAAGGUAAGCGCCUUUUAAUAACUUUACCUAUUGGUUAACUCCAUAUUAAAGUCCACAUACAACAUUGCUAGAAGCCAUUGUAGAAUGUUAAUUCAUAGGCAUAUAAUGUAUGUGAAUAAUUCUUCUGUUAUAUGAACACAGACCAAUCUACAUGCUCAGUAUUUAUAUCUUUGCAGAGCUGAGUACAGUAUGGUGGUAUCUGCACUUAGUGUUGAACUGUUAUAUGCAUAUAGCAGUGUAUAUAGUAUGUAGGCAGCUUAGACAAUAGAAUACACACAUUGUAUUCUGCCAGUUAUAGAAAAUAGAUUUCUUUGUGAUUUAUAUGUAUACACAACAGCAUUUGGUUAAUCUCAAUAUGCACAAAUAUAUAAUUUGUUCUGUAUUUUUUUUUUUUAAUGAUUUUUACUUUGGUCUUUGUUAAUUUAUUUAGAAUUGAUUUACUGAUAGUAAUGCAGUGAGACUCCUCCUUUACAAGUAUACAAGAUUCUAUUCAUUCCAGGAGUUUACUAUACAACUGCAUAGCUCUAUUGGAGUAGGAUGCUCGAUCAACUUUGUUUUAUUUAGCAUCCCAGCUCUGAAAGCAGACUAAAAGAUAUGAGGUGUGAAAUGUGAAUGCCUCUCUGUUUGUGAGAGAAGCUGUUACAAACUAGGUAUGAAAGGUGUAAAAUUCAUGAAUAUUAAUAGGUGGAAUAUUGGGUAUAUGGCAGUACUUUAUCUUUAAUGAGAAUGUUGGAUGUAGACUUUCAGUUCUGACUGAUAUUCCAUAUCUGGUUUUCUGUCUCCUGAUUAAAUGCAUUCCUUAAUAAUAUAAGGUAUGACGUUUUUAAAAGGUCAUUGUGUUCUGUAAUGAUAUGAUAUUGGAAUGAUUCAUUUCUAAGAGCUCGUCAUGUCUCCUAUCUGAAGGAGUUUUACAGAUACUUACUGCUUAAAUUAUAUAGAUUAGGAAGUGGCUACUCAAACUGUUUCAUUUUACAGUUAUGACUGACAUCAUUAACACUAUGUUCAACAAGGCGUUCAUGGAAGAACUGUUUAAGCCACAGGAGCUAUACUCCAAGAAGGCCCUAAGAACAGUGUUUGACCGUCUGGCCCAUGCUUCUAUCAUGAGACUGAAUCAAGCAAGCAUGGACAAGGUGAGUUGUGUAAUGUAAGAAAAUAUGAGAUAACUGUUCUUCCCUUAUUAUUUAGACAUAUACUUACAGUGGAUGUGCUAAAUAUUUACAAUGGUUCUAAUCAUUACAUAUCAGCCAUAUUAUGCCAAUUACCCUACAUAAAUGUCAUCUUUCUAACUCUUUUACCCUGCAGUUAUUACCCUCCAUGUGUUCUGGUAGAGUAGAAUUUAGUUUUACCUUGCAUGGAAUUGCUCCUUGAAAUUUUGGUGUCACAAACACAUACUACUCCAGGCGUGCUCAUGACUUGGUUCUGGCAGUGACAGGGUUUGUUUGCAGUAGACCCAAAAUACUGAUUUUUAAAAAUCCCACUUGGAGGGCGGGGCCAGACCGCCAUGCUGACCAGUCUCACGCAGGAGAGGCUCCUGCAGGGAAUGUCUUUUUAAAGUGAACUAAACGGCUUACUGGCUUUUCCUGAGCCGCGAACUUAAGACAGACUCUUCAUGUGGAUGCUCACUCUGAGAUCGGGAGUUUUUGGAGCCUCUGGGGGUGCAAUAAAACUUCGGGGCCUGCGGCCUACUCAUGAGAGGAGCUGGGCGUGCGGCCACUGUCCUGCUCUUAUCUCCAGCUUUCCAACAUCGGCACUCACACACUCCAACUGGUCCCAUUCUUAAAGCAAAACAAGUGUGCAAAUGCAAAAGAGAGAAAGAAAACACACAAUGCCACACCAUGCAUGCCUUGAAAAUAGGGCAUAAUCUCAUAAUCAAGAUCAAAUAUGACAUUUUGGUAAUUCAUUUUGGAUGGUGAGGGUCACUAAAUCUAAGGUUAUCGUACCAGUUUCCUCUUCCUUCCCCCCAGUAAAUUAUUAAUUUUUUUUUUAAAUAGGGAAGGGGGGCCAUUGUUGUAAGUUCUUUGGGUCCCUGAUCAACACUGGGUUAUCUCUGUACAUAAUUCUGAGUCUUGUUGGAAAGGCCCAUUUAUACUUUAUAUUGUUGUUUCUUAGUUUUAAAGUAUGGGCCGAAAAAGCUCUCUUUGCAUUCCUGGUAACUACUGAUAAGUCGUUAAAGAUUUGAAUUGAGUCAUACUUUGAGUCUCUCAAAGAUUUCAACCUUGCAGCUCUUGUAAUUUCCGAUUUUUGAAUUUAAAUGAGUGUAGGCACGCUGUAACUUCUCUCGGAAUAUGAUCAUGCAGGGUACUGGCCUUUGGAAUCCUGUGGACUCUCUCAAUGAAGUAAGCUUUGUUAUCAAGUUGGAGGCCCAGGAAUUGAAAAAGUUCUUCUAGGUAUUUUUCUAGAUUGUGUUAUACUUUCAGGAAUACCCCUGAUCCUGAUAUUAUUCCUACGCGCUUCAUUUUCGGUGAUUUUUGUUUCUAAAUGCUCGAUUCUUCGCUCGAGCGCUAGUAUUUUUUUCUUGCUGUAGAUUGUACUGAAGUAGUGAAUGCUCCAAUUUCUCUUCUACGGCAUAAAAUUUAUCUAUCAUUUUAGCUAUUUUUUUCCUUUAAGUCAUCAGAUAUAAAAUUGAUUAAUUCCUUUUACUUCCCGAACUCUGCUUCAAGGCAUGCAUUGAGAUAAUCCCUCUCUACAUGUUGAAAAUCUCCCAUGCAUACAUUUGGGACUUCUUUCUCAAAUCGUUGUUGGAUGAUACGGUCCUCAUCCGUAUGUUUGUCCGGAUCAUGCUGGCUAAGUCUUCUUUCAAUUUUCUCUUGCGGGGAGAAGAAGCUGAAAGGUCGUUUGUCCACUUUUUGGAUCAGUUCUUUUAUCUCCUUCCUUUUUAGCUCUUUGUUUGGAGUCGCUCUUUUUCUUGGUUGCCAUUUAGAUGAAGGGGGGAAAAAAAACCUCUUGCCAAUUCCCUUCCCUUUUUUCUUUUCUUUUUUUCCUUCUGUACUUAUUCCUCCCAUCUUCUCUUCUUAGAGACUGUUGAUCUCCUUUUAUAUAUGGAAACUAUCAGAAUGUACCAAAUCUGCCCCUUAGAUUCAGCCUUUAGUGCCAAAUUAUAUAUGGCUAUCCCCCCCCUACAGGGUCAGAUUUUAAAUGUGUUAACUUAUCUGAGUUUGAGCAAGAUACGGCCACAGUAUUGAUUGAAAGAGAGAGGGAAAACUUCAGUAGUAUCAGAGUCUGCAAGACCUUCCCACCACGUAAUAUUUCUAUCAACUUCAGACGCAUAAACACCCUUGAGUCGAGCAAAUGUUUUUUUUUAAAGUGGGAUAAUCUCUAGUAUUUUGGUGAGCCUAGAUUUUUGAGCUGAUAGAGCAGUAAAUCUCCUGCUCAUUUAAAUCAUAUCCAACUCUCACUAUGUUCAGGCAUCCAUGUUGUUGUGAAUUUUUCCCUCCGAGAUAAUGAGGCAAACAAUUAGUAAGGAGCUGCAUGUUAUAAAGCAAGCAUAUAUUAAGGCAAAAUGCUAUUGUUAGUUUAUCAUCAUAGUCAUCGAAGUAACCUCUGAUAUUUCUGUUAGCAAUGUUCCUUAUGCUGACCUAGCAAUCCAGCUCCCUUCAUACUGAAGAAAUCCUCCUUAAACCAGAAUUGUAUUGCUUUUGCAGUUAGAGUAUAGAUACGAGUCCAACUCCCAUUCCACUCAAGCAUCCAAGUUAUAAUAAUAUUUUUGCAGAAGGUUAAGCAAACACAUAGUAAGAAGCUCUCUGUCUCUCAGUCCCUGAACACGAUGGGAAGCUACAGAGUCAGUCUGCUUUCAAAUACAUGCAUACCGCUCCACGCCAAUCUGCUUUCUCUCAGGCUACUCCCUGAAUCAUGCAACAUCCUGCACCCCCAAUGUGAUUUUACCCUACGUGCAUAGUCGCGUCAUCACACACCACCCCACUUAAUGAAUAUUGUUAUGUUAGGAACUUCAUGUACACUUUACAAGACCUGCCUAUGAGGGAAUAUAAUGGACUUGACACAGUUCAUCCUAAUGACUUAAAAGAGCACUAUAGGGUCAGGAACACAAACAUGUAUUGCUGAUCCUAUAGGGUUAAAACCACAAUCUAACCCCCUUGCCCCCCUCAUGCCUCCUUACAUAUAGUAUAAUCUUACUUGUAUUCAAGCCUGAAGAUGCCUUCUUUGUCCCGGUUUCUUUUAGACCUGCCCACUGCCUGCUGACAUCAGCAGAAGUGGUAGCCUGAUCCAAUCACAAUGCUUCCCCAUAGGAUUGGCUGAGACUGACAAAGAGGCAGAUCAGGGGCAGAGCCAGCACAAUUCAAACACAGCCCUGGCCAAUCAAUGAAUCUCUAUGAGGAAAGUUCAGUGUCUGCAUGCAGAGGGAGGAGACACUGAAUGUUUGGAUGCAUUUUAGGCAGCCAUGACCCUGGAAGGAUCUCUAACAGCCAUCUAAGGAGUGGCCAGUGAAGUAAACACUCAAUUUUCUCCGAAAAGCCAGUGUUUACAGCAAAAAGCCUGAAGGUAAUGAUUCUACUCACCAGAACAAAUUCAAUAAGCUGUAGUUGUUCUGGUGACUAUAGUGUCCUUUUAAGUUAGACUAGUACUGUUUGUAUUCCAUUUAUACGGUAUGUUGUCGCCCUUAUGUUUAUAUAUACCAGGAGAGCACGAUUAUUUACUUGUCAGAGUCCCAGCUUCAAAGGAAUAAUUACCGUAUAUACUCGACUAUAAGUCGACUCGAAUAUAAGUCGAGACCCCUAAUUUUACCCCAAAAAACUGGGAAAACUUAUUGACUCAAGUAUAAGACUAGGGUGGGAAAUGCAGCAGCUACUGGUAAAUUUCUAAAUAAAAUUAUAUCCCCCAAAAAUUAUAUUAAUUGAAUAUUUAUUUACAUUGUGUGUAUAUAAUGAGUGCAGUGUGUGUGUGUUUAUGAAUGCAGUAUGUGAUGCAGAGUGUGUUUGUGUAUGUGAUGCAGAGCCUUGGUGGGCAUUUUUAUUAUUAUUUUUUUUUAAUUAUUUUAAUAUUUUUUUUGUUAUUAAUAUUUUAUUAUUUUUUAAAUAUUAAUAUUUUAUUAUUUAAAUUUUUAUUUAUUUUUAUUCGUCCCCCCUCUCUGCUUGUUAGCUGGCCAGGGUGGUCCAGUGGAUGGGCUGUGCAGGAGGGGGCUGGCAGAGAGCUGUAACUUACCUUUCCUGCAGCUCCUGUCAGCUCCCUUCUCUCUCCUCCGGUCCGGUCCUCCCUCUGCAAGUCUCGCUGUCUGAGUGCCACGCGGAGCUCUGACCCCGAGGCUCUCGCGAGACUUGCAGUGGAGCUGACCAGACUGGAGGAGAGAGAAGGGAGCUGCAGGAAAGUUAAGUUACAGCUCUCUGCCAGCCCCCAACAGGACCGCCGGGCUUGUAAUGAGCCUGGCGGUCCUGGUCUGUAUUAUGGCAAUGUAAGUUGCCAUAAUACAGACAUUGACUCGAGUAUAAGUCGAGUGGGGGUUUUUCAGCACAAAAAAAUGAGUAUAUACGGUAAUGUUGUAAAUCUUUUAAUCUAGCACAUCCAUACACAACCAGAUUAACCCUUCUUGUGCUGACAUCAGCCAUACCGCCUCUACUAGGUGACCAAUUCACUUAUUCACUACACAAACCACAUUUAAUAGCAAUAUUUCUAUAAUGUGACAAUGAAUUAUAAUUGCUAGGCAUGACACUUGUUAUGGAAACCUAAAUACAACUGAGAGACUUUGAAAUGCCUUACAUUAAAAAAAAAUAUUCCUGUAAGUCCAUGGUUCCUAAUACUUUGGGUUAACAGGCUAUUUUUAUCCAUGUUUCAGGUCCUAUUCAACUAUCCUCAAUAUAUAUUUUUUUUCCUGUAUUAGUACUCUAGUGCAAAGGUGAGUAAUCUGGAACUGGUUUUGAGAAAUGUAUUUUAAAAUGUUAAAUUUACAGAGCUGAUUUUUACGUUGGAAAAAGAUGUUUGAGUACUUGUCAGGGAAGAUUACAAAUCACUGCUGAAUUAUUUUGUGAUGUAUCUCUGUUUUGUUUAGUACAAGUAUUUGUACUGUUAUGUAUUAUUGUUGGUUUCAUAACAAAAUAACUAUUUCCUUCUUUUUGAAAUCCAUGUUGUUUUUAAAUUUAGCUCUAUGACCUGAUGACCAUGGCAUUUAAAUACCAGGUACUGUUGUGUCCUCGCCCUAAAGAUAUUCUACUUGUCACUUUCAAUCACAUGGAUGCCAUCAAGGAAUUCAUUCGAGAAUCACCAAGUAUCCUUAACCAAGUGGAUGAGACAUUCCGUCAACUUAUUGAUGUAAGGGAAAUUAAAGGAUUCUGCUAAGUACAUAGAAUACUAAUGAACACUGAUAACCAACCUACAAUGUUGUUGUUUUUUUUUUGUUUGUUUUUUUAUGUACGGUAUAUCCUUUUUUUAAAGAAUUGUCUUUUUUUUUCAUUCUUGUUUUUUGUUUUUUCUACUGUCCUGUGUUUACUUAUAAACAUAGCUAAACAUGCAUUAAAUUAGUAGAAAUUUAAUUUUAUCAGGUAAUGUGGAGAAAAUUGUUACAAGGACAGUAAAUUUGGUCCAUGGACCAUUACAGGUAUUACAGGUUUAUAAGGGAACAUAGGAGGUGUAUUUUUUCUUUUUCAAUUCUCCACUUAUGGACAGGCAGUACGGUAUUACAAUUGCACAUAGUUCAGCAGUAUUCAUUGCAAAGUGUCUUGUCAUUGUAACUAAUUUUUUUUCUGACUGGCAUUAGGCAGUACAGUAUUACAAUAAUGAUUAGUUCAGCAGUAUUCCUUUUUAUUAAGUAUUAAGCCUUAUAUCACUUGAAUCUGUCUUCUUGAUGUUAGAAUAAGGGGCUUCACCCUCUGUAUUUGACAGUGGUAGGCAAUGUAGCACAUCAUACAAAGUAUUCAAAAUUAUUUAACAUUACAGUGGGGUUAUCCCGUUUCGAGGAGGGAGGGGGUGGAGCAGCUGUUGGAAGUUAGCCUUGUUUCUCUAACUUGGUGGUGAGGUAUGUCUUAGUGAGACGAUUUAUUUAUUUAAUUAUUUUUAACGGGACAAUUACCAGUAAGUUGAUGGAAAGUGUCGUAGAAUGUGACUUGGAUGGGUUGCAAAUCUUGAAUUGGUAAUGAUGUGAGUCAUGCAAAGACAAAGAAGACCGUUUGGUAGAGCUAAAGUUUCUGAGCUCAUGCGAUGAAUGUUUUGUGGGUUAGCUCUUGAGAUUUUUGUUUUAUUUCUUAAAAUAUGUAAAUGAUUAGGUAAGGAUUAGCAAGUUUCUUGAAUAUGACCAUAAGAUGCUGCAAUGUUCACUAAAGACACAGUACUAUUGAUAUUCUUCCUAAAUGACUUUUACAUUAACUGACUCUUUAAUUAGAGGUUUUAUGUUUGCUCCUAUAGACCUAUAAUUCUAUACCAGCUGGAGAAUUUCAGUUAAUCAGGCAAACUUUGCUUAUCUUCUUCCAAGACAUGCACAUUAGGGUAAGUUAUCAUUUGCUAAUGUGUGAAAAAUGUAUCUGUUUUUUAUUGUGUGCUACUCCAGCCAUUAAUCAGUGUUUCAUUUUUUGGGCCACCUUAACCUGUUUUUCAAUCUGCAGAGCAUAAAUAUAAUUCAUAGAUCAAGCAAAUUAUUAAAUAGUCAAAUGUAUAACUCUUUAAUGAUUACAUUUAUGCAUUUUGUUGAUUAAUGCAUACUAGGACAUUGUUAAAUUGGCUAUCAUCCAUGGCAGUUUACACUGGGGAUUCAUAUGAUCUAUGCCAGCAGACAUAAACAUUUAUUUGUAAGUUAAAUUAAAUGGACACUCCUGGCACCAAUACAGCGCUGAUGUAUUUGAUAGGAUUUGGCCUCAUUAUUAUGCUGUAUUUUUGUCCAUACUCCACUCUUUAUAGUUUUUUUUUUAUUAUUCUUUAUUUGGGAGCACAGCCAAACACAGUGCGACUUGUCACAUGUCUACAUUAAAAAUUGCAUAGGGAUUAUUGUACAGUGAUAAUUGUACAUGAAUAGCAACAUAAACAAUACAUGUAUGAAGAUAACAACAUCGUGGUCAUCAAGUGUAAUACAGAAUGAAUAUCAACAUGUCAUUUUAGAUCGCUUGUACCCCGCCAGAUGUGUAGGCUGUGUUAAGAUUAAAUCUUUAUAGUUUUUCUCAAAAGAAAAUGUUUUUCAGAAUGCUGCAGCCAUACAUCAGCCCAGAGGUGUACACAUACAUUUGUAUACACACACAUUGACACAUAUAUGCAGAGGCACACAAUAAUUUAUAUACUCAUAGACUUAAAAACAUACACACAUGCAAAUACACACUGAGACUCAUAUACACACACACAUUCAUAUAAACACAUUAUAAUUACAUCCAUACACACUUAAUUUUUAUUUAAUAAAGCAUAACAUGAUACUAUUUUUAAAAAUUAUCUUUAUUUUAUUUUUUUCAAGUUGAGGUCUACCUGGCCUCCCAAUUCUUACAUUAACCUCAUCCUUUGGGAUUCUGCUUGGAUCAGUCUCUUGGGUGCUGUGUGUGUUCCCUGCAGCUUCCUCGGAGGCAGCACCAUAAGUUCACCCGCAGAGCAGGCACCUGACGCACAAUAAGACUUCAUUAUCUGUGUAGGCACACAGCUCAGAUCUUAACAUCUCUGAGUGAGCUGCUUUUAAUUCACAACCUGGUUGCAGUCAAUAGGAAAAACUAAUGACCAACAGAUUAUCCCUUCUAUAUAUCUCCCUGUGUAUAAUACCUUUCUAAUACAGAUUGCUUUGUAGUCCAGAUCCUGCUUUUAAUUUACUACCUGGUUGCAGUCAGUCGGAGAAACUAUAGAACAACAGAUUAUGAUAUCCUUUCUAUAUAUCUCACUGGGUGUUCUCGUUCUAAUACAGGUUGCUUUGUAGUCCUUCAGUAUUCUCAAUAGCUGAACUGUGUACAGCUUAGGAAUUUAAUUUCUGAAGUGAGGGGAGUGUGGAUAAAGAGGCAGACUUGUGAUGCAGUAUUCAGCAAGACAUAUUUUUUUGUGAAGCAAUUUUUAAACAUUUGAGCAUGCAAAAAUACAGCAUGUUAAUAAUGCCAAAACCUAUCGAAUGCAUUAGAGAUGUAUUGGAGUUUGGAGUGUCCCUUUUAAUAAUAUUUGAAUUUGCUAUACGCAAUAGAAUUCCAUUAUCUCUUCUAUAAUAUUGCAUUAUUUAUGAAGGCAAAACAAGUCUGCAUGCUUUCUCCCUCUUUUAGAGUAUAUAUGUCUUUCAUAUUUAAACUUGCCUUUCUUCUGCAGGUUUCUAUAUUCUUGAAGGAUAAGGUCCAGAAUUCCAAUGGACGUUUUGUGCUCCCCACGUCUGGUCCUGUCCCUUGGGGCACUGAAGUGCCUGGUCUUAUAAGGUUAAUCUUAUAAACCUUUUCUCUUUGUCAAACAAACUUCCCUCUAGACCAAUGGUUCCCAAACGUUUUAGGUUCAAGGCGCCCUUAGUAUUUCAGUAUUUUUACAAGGCGCCCCAAGUCAAAAAAUGUUCUAGGUUGUAUAUAUGUACAGCGCUGCAGUAUGUAUUGUGUCCCUGUGUGGCAGAAAUGCUUGCCGUUCAGGUGCAGAUCCAGAACCUAAUCAUGGGAGAGGCACUGGUAGAAUAUUUAAAGAAACAAUCCAGGCCCAAUAACCACUACAGCACUCUGUAGUGUUUAUGGUGCCAGGAGUGCUGUGGUGCCCUCCCAAGGUAAGUAGUCAAACUGUUUAAGAACAGUUUGACAACUUAGCUGGGAUCUGCCAGGAUAGGGGCUCUAGUAGGGGGUAGGGGCAAUACUGUGUGAGGGGUGCAUUAUGUCUGUGAACGAUGUAGUGUGUGAGGGGUGCAGUGUGUGUGUGUGGUGCAGCGUGUUUGAGGGGAUGCAUUGUGUUUGUGAAGGAUGUAGUGUGUGUGUGGUGCAGUUAGUUCGUAGGGUGUACAGUGUGUGUAUGGGAGGAGCAGUGUGUGUGCAUGGAGGAAGUUAUUGUGGGUCUGUGGAGGUAGGGGGGGAGAUUAAUAAAUAUUUAAGUGGGUUUUUUUUAAUUUGAAAACUAUAAUUUUCAUAUUCCCUCCCCCCCCCCCCUGCUUACUUUUGCCUGGGAGGGGGUUACAGUACAAGGCAAUCCCUGGUGGUCCCAGUGGUGAGAGAGAACUCUAACAGAUUCAAGGCUUUGCCGUGGUAACCGUGACAACGCUCCAAGCUCGCAAGAGGAGAACCCGGCGGAGCUGCCGGUUAGAGCUCCCCAGGACCUCUCUCCCUUACUCCACUGUCGGCUGUUAGAAUUACACUGCUAGGGGACCGGAGAGGGAGAUCUCUGAUCUCCCCUGUUGUCCUGCAGAGACGGCAGGAGAGAGGGAGGCACCGGGAAAAUAUCUUGCGGUGCCCCUGUGUGCUCAUCGGCACACAGUUUGGGAACUGCUGCUCUAGGCUAAGUCCUUAAUGUUUGUAUCUCUUAUUUUGGGGAGCUCUAGUCAGUACAUGAUGAAGGGUAUGUCUCCACUAAGUCAUCACUGAUGGUCAUACAGUUCAAGAGCAAAUUUCUGGCUCAACCCCUUUCUCAAGGUUAUCACACCAUUCUGUUUCCUCUGUAUUUAAAAGACUCGAUUGGGAAAACCUGUUUCAUUAGCUGCUGUGAUUUGUGCUCCACGUAUUCUACUUCUGCUCCAACCCCUUCCACCCCUGUGUGAGUAGGAAUACAGCUCAGAGUAUACCUACUGUAUUCACAAAGGGUGAAUGAAGUAAUUCCAGUCUGUCCUUCUUGUCUCAAGCAGUUUAUCGGGUCCUGAAGAGUACACCUCCUGCAGUUACUUAAAGCUUGAAACAAAUCUUCAUUAUUUUCUUAUUCAAGAGUGACCGUUAUAUUUGUUUCACCUUAACUGUUGUCAGUUUAUUGCAAUUUUAGUCAGCCCUGCUAUGUUUCUCUGUCCUGUUUUAUUGUCCUUUGUCCAUACCCAUUCUGGUUGUGUUACUGUUGCCAUUUGGCAUCCUUUCUGAAUGUUUCUGUUUUUCCUUGUAAUGCCAUGCAGUUGGUUUUGCUAAAUAUUAAGUGGUUUUCAGAGUUACAGAAUGGUGUCAUACACAGGAAAAGAUUAUUGAGCCAAAGUUCUGUUCUAGAAUGUCCAAUACUGCAUUUUGGCCUGCUAAAAGGAUUUAACAAGAAGUUAAAACAAACUUUUCUUUAGUAGUUCUUAUUCCACCAAUUACACAAAACUUGCUGGUAUAUCUUGUUGGGGUUCUGUGCAGCCAGAUAUAGCCAUCUGUGUGUAACUUUGAAUCCUUGUAGAUCCACUCAUCCUCUUCUUCUUUUAAGAUUGAUGUAAUGACUACUAGAUCCUUGUGUAAAGUUCUUUGAUGCUCUUACAAGUGGAGAAAUGCACUGUUUACAAAAAGGAUUAGUAUUAAAUGUAAUAUACAAUUUUAAUGGGAAAUCUUUACAUUGCUUUGAGUACCAUGGCUAAACAGUUGCUAUCAAGUCAUUACAUUUAGUACACAGUAUUAGGCAAAAAUAUCUGUUUACUUUAAGUGCACUAAUGCAGCACUGUACAUCAAAGACAAAAUUGUUGAUCAUUGAACAUUUCAGUAGAGACUACUUUGAGUUAUGGUAAACCUGUACUUUGACAGAACUUGACAAAAGGCAAAGCGGACGCCAUCGAGUUUUGCCACUUGCCCCACCUGUUAAAACAGCUGGUGUGGAAAUAAGGCAUUGUUUUUCUCAUUGGCAGACACAUCUAUAAAGGCUUCAGUGGUCUCUCAGGAUUGGAAUAAGUGUUGUACUCUCAGCCUUUUGUGUGAGUACGGUACUGACCUGGGUUUUUAGAUGAUGAAGCGCCUGGAGCUGAAGAUUGAGGAUGGUGGCAUCCGUGGGUGGACAGAAUCUGUUAUCUAUAAGUUACGUCUACUGCACCUCCACACUAUGAUGUCACAAUUGUUUUUUUUUUUUUUUUUUACAAAAUAUAAAACACCAGAUCGUGACCGUGCUACUUCAAAUAAUUGUUUUUAAAAUACUACAAAAUGUUUUAAAACAUCACGUACUUUUUACUAAAUAUUUAAUUACACUUGCCAGGAUCUACAAUUUCAAAGGAGAAGAGACUAAAAGAGUGGAGUUCCAACAUGGUGGCAGUUAUGUCCGUCCUCUCCAAGAAGGAUCAUUUGAACUGUUUGGAGACAGAGUUCUUACACUGGGAAAAAACAUGUGAGUAGGUUAUCACGAGCAUGUUACUUUAAAUCAAGAAUGUUGUAUGUACUAUAAAUUUAUUUUCUCUGAUGAGGUACAGUUUUGUUAUAAUAGACCAUCUAUACAAUUUUUUUGCCAGUUAUACUGCAAGCCGGUCUGUGGAGACCAACAUGUCAGGAACAAUGAAAAGUUCGACAUCGCACACUAAGGUCAGGUGAACAAGUGGUCUGUCUGUGCAUGCACGGUGUAAAAACAAUCAAUGUAGUUAGCAUAAUUGAAGGGACACUGUAGAUGCUCUAAUAAUUUAAUUUCAGUGAAUUGGUUGUAGUGCCUUGAGUCUACUAAUUAAACCAUUUUUGAACUGUUUAACAUUGAAUAAGUAUCCACGACGCCUAAAGACCCCUACUGCAGGUAUGGCUAACCAUACCAAUUCAUAUCAGCAAAGCGGUAACCUGACACUCUCACUGCCUCUCAUUUCUACUCAUUCUAAAGCUUCCUUAUUAGUUCAAGCAACAUGGUGGGGAUAAUCCGUUGGAGAUUCUUAUCUAGUACGAAAACAUUAAAAACCGUUUAAUGUUGAAUAGAAUGAUGGCACUAGAGGACCCCAGACACCAUAACCAUUUCAAUGAAAUGUAGUAGUUACAGUGUCGCUUUAACUGAUUUUAUUCUAAUAGGAGUAAAUUAACAACCAAAUGUUAAAUUUUAUUAGGGUUCAGAUAUUAUUUCGAUUUUGGUUUCCAUUUGGGUAUGUACAAAGGCACAUUUAGCUGUUCAGUUCGUUCGAUGGAUAAAUUUGGUUAUAUUGACAUCUUUUGCUAGUACCAACCUCUGGCAUUCAGUAUUUAAAUAAACAAUUUGAUGUAAAAUGAGGUUCAUAAAAAUCCUGUACUUAAGUAGUUAAGUGGGCAAAAGGUUUUUUUUGUUUGUUUUUUUUUUUUUUACUUUUUUUUUACUUUUUUUUGUGUUCUAAUUUUUUUUUUGCUUCCUUUAUGUAAUAAAAUUUUAAAUAAUGGGAGAGGGGUGGGCAGAGCUAGUCAGCAAGCUAAGUGCUUGCAAGCACUCUGAGCUCCAACAGAGCGACAGGUAACUGUCUAUUUUUUACCUUCUACGGAGCCUAAUUACACCCCACCGAGGCCCCACACAACUGGAGAGAACAUGGGGAAGCGAUCCCGCAACAUGCAUUGAGCUUCUCUCAGUCCCGAAUUUACUGAGAGUUUUCAGCCACUUACUGAACUAGUGAAAGUUCACUGCAGAUGUUGCAAAUGUAGAGAAUUUGCAGCGUACUCAGAGACUUUGAAGGUCAGUAUGUCUCUGUAGAUUUUUUUUUUAUUUUUUUUAUUGUAAAGUGUAAAAACAAACAAAAAAAACAUUCCUGCAGACCCUCAAGUUUCACAGGUCAUAUUGUGAAAUCUCACUAGACCUGUAAGUGGAGUUCAACUGAAGUGUUCCUUUAACUUACAGGUCCCAUGAUUGUGUUUUUCAACUUUUUUGUUACAUUUUUAGACUCUCAAAUCUAUAGAACUGUUUUGUUGCCACUUAACCCUACCUCUUUAUUUACGUUGCUUAUUAACAUUGUUUGUAUAGGAAAAUAUAGUGCCAAAUCCAAUGGCCAAGGAAGAGCUAAAUCUUUUAGCAAAACUUAUGGGAGGCUUGGAACUGAAGAAACCACCUACUAGUGACUACAGCUUCCGACUGAACCUAUUUACUAAUGACGAAGAAGAAGAGUGAGUGUGGGCUAUUGGGAAUGGGUCCUUUUGCAUCAUUUAGGCAGAACUAAGCAUUACAGCUCUAAGGCAAAGUGGUUUAAAUUAAUAUGAGCUGAAAGCAAUUUGUACAGGAAAUGCGUUCACUGAACUGGACAGAAAAGUUUUAUAAUUAUUAGAAGGCGCUGCCACUGCCUUCAUUGCAUUGAUUAGCUGUAUGUGAUUACUAUAUAUAAAUCCAUAAUCCAGAUAUGACUGUUAAGCCCCAACAAUUCUGAACAUUUAAGUUUACUUUGGCUUGUGGCAUAUAUAUCGCUCAGAACAAUUUCUAUAAACCUGUCAUAUACCCAUUAUUUGCAAUGAGCAUAGUGCAUACAAAAGGGUACAUAUGUAGUAUAUGCUCAAACCACAGGGGGUUACAUUUACUGUUUUUGACUGAAUUAACUCAAAAAAUGUUUAGUGAGUUUAGUAAUAUUUUGGUUUGAUUGCAAUGAGAGUACACUACAGCAAUGUUAUUCCGCUUGUAGUGUAAAACUCUGAUAUACAUAAAAUGUAUAUUUUUAUUUGUAGAUUCUAAAAGCAUAAUGUCUGAUAUAUUUGAAUUGGGAUGUAAGGUUUUGUCACACAGUAAACCCAACUUUAGUUGUUGAAUUAGAGAAUAAUUAUACAUUCAAGGUCUGGUUAAUGAUAAAAUUUAAAAAGUGAUGCUAUGGUAAGAAAGCCACAUUGAUGAUCACUUAUAACUUUUUGAGUGGGCAUUGUGUGAAGAGUCUAACCUGAUGAAAAUAAAAAUGUUAUAUAUACCUAAAUCUUACAUUUUAUGUAAGGGACACUAUAGUCACCAGUGCAACUACAUGUAUUCCUGACCCUAUAGUGUUAACACGACCAUCUAGCCCCCCUGGGCCUCUCAUGCCUCCAUAAAUAUAGUAAAAAUCUUACUGUAUUCAUGCCAGAAGCUGUAAAUCUGCCUGCUGUUAGACUCAGGAAAAACAAGCAGUCUGCUGACAUGUGAUAUCCUGAUCCAGUCACAGUGAUUCCCCAUAGGAUUGGCUGAGACUGACAAGGAGGCAGAUCAGGGGCAGAGCCAGCAUGAUUCAAACACAGCCCUGGCCAAUCAGCAUCUCCUCAUAGAGAUGAAUUGAAUCAAUGAAUAUCUAUGAGGAAAGUUCAGUGUCUGCAUGCAGUGGGAGGAGAUACUGAAUCACAGGAUGCUCGUGCACAGCAGAUCAGAGUGGAUGGAGGCAUAUUAUGCCUCCAUCAACUCAGAAGUCCCUCUGGUUCACUCUGAGUGACUGCAACUGGAGGUGUUCCUAGCUUUCAAUGUAAACACUGUAUUUUCUCAUAAAAAACAGUGUUUAUAUGAGAAAGGCUGCAGGGAGCUAUAGUUCUCACCUGAACAACCUCAUUAAGCUGAAGUUGUUCAGGUGACUAUAGUGUCCCUUUAACGCAUAUGAAAAAGAGAAGGAAACACAUUAAACUUAUUUUUGUAUUGUUUAGUUUUAACAAGUCAAUCUCUGCACAAAUGAGAUGUAGCACUGUGAUUUAACAGUUCUAAUAAUUUUACCUAAAAUAGUAUUUUAGUACUACUGUUCUUGAUGGUGAUGUCCAGUGGAAUAUAAUCUCCAGAAAGGUUCAGAAUUGUAGAGUGAGGUUUAUAUCAUGGCACCUUGAACUAGUACAGGAAAAAGUAUGUCCAACUGGGACAGUUUUCUAUGAUUUAAAAUGAAUAUGCUUUUAUUUUAUAAAGUUUAUGUCUUGGUGUAGAUAAAUGGAGAUCAUGUCACGUGUGGAUGAGAUAGUGGUUAUUGGUAUAUAAAAUGUUAAAAAUUGUGAGCAUAUCAUAAAGAAAAAAAGGUCUGUACUCAUUAAGACUGUGUUGGAAUUUCAUUGAAAUUCCUAGGCAGUCAAAUGAUAUAAAAAUAAUACAGAGCAGAGACUAGUUUCUCUUGUGGUAAAUCUCAAACUUUACAAAAGUUUGGUCAUUUCGCAAUAGAAUAUCUCGGGAGGCUCCAUCUGUCUUGCAGGAUCCUCCAUUGACCUCAGCGUUGAACUCUGUGACAUUGUGACAGUACAGCACUGACGUGCGCUCCUGUCAGAUGACACACCAGGAGCUAAUGAUCAAAGAUGGUGUGGCCCUCAGUGUGCAGCAUAAGGUAAGUAUAAAUCAUAUUUGCUGCGUCCCCAUGUUACUCCUUGGGGUGGGGCCUGACUGCAAAGCUAGAUAGAAUCACCUCACUGUAUCUCCAAAGCUCCAUUGCCUAUUUUAGCAGUUUAUUGCUUCCACUUAGCUAGGACAGUGCUCUCUGCUUGUGAGGACAUAUUGAAAAUGGCCCCUGUGCCUCCUGGUGAGCACAGUUGUCCAGGAUAUCGGUUAUGGGAGCAGGAAUUGCAGCUCCAGUGAAAGAGGCCUAGUUAAGCUUGUGAGUCCUGGUUACAUGAGAAAUGGCCGAUCUCCUGCUUUGACUAUGUCUGAGCCUUGUGUCAUCCUCUCAGUGCACAGUCGUCGUCCCCCACCCUAACCCGUUUGUACUAGUGGGAUAUAUUCCAGUCUCCACCAGAAGAAGUGCUGUUUUGUGCUGGUGUACUUUUUUGCUGGGACAUGAUGCAUCCAUGAUGGCAUCCUCUACAGUCACACUGCACCACAUUACAAAGGUGGAAAGCUACAUUCAGUUUAGCAGUCGAUGCUAAAUGUAAGAUUCUGGCAAAAACAUACAUCUGCAGGCCACACAGCUUUCCUCAACUGCGCUCGUGUUGGCAGCUGUGAACCUUUAGUCUCCCUCUGGGUUGAGAACCAAGAUGGGUGUCACAAUCUUCGGAGAAUUCAAGACUCUCUCAGGAAUGCGAUUUGACCAUUGGCAGCGGAAAGUUCAGUGAAUAUUGGGGGCCGGUUCAUACUAAAGCCUGAGCCUGGAGAAGUGGCUCUCUGGGGCUUUGCCAUGAUAGAUUUACCCAUCCUUUUUUUUUUUUUAUUCUUUUUUUUUCGCAGGUGAUAGACAUUGCGUAUAACAUAAUCAUCAGAGCAAAACAUUCCGGGUAACAAUAUACAUGCAUUUGUUAAUGUAUCAUUGUUUUUAAUAAUAAAAUAGCUCGUUACUGCCAUAAAAAUGCCUCAAGUGUUUGCCUUAAUAUCUGUACAUGUCUCUAAAGCGCAUAUGGCCUUGUGGUAACAAGAAACGAAAGGUUAAAUUGUGUGUAUCUAAAGCAGACUGGGCGCUAUAUGUUACCCAAACUUUUAAUUGCUCUAGCUUUACGAGUUUUGGGGUCAGAUGACUUAAAGCCGUUUCUGAUUAGUAAAACCCAUAUUAUUAUUGUUCUAUAUGUUUUAGGUUUUCCUUAUUUUUACUUUACGGAUUUUUAAGCCCAAGAACAGCAGCAUAUAGUGCAACUCUUUCUAACUAUGACCAAUUUGCCAAUGUCUUGGUGGUUUACCAUAGCUUAUAUGGUCUUAUAUAUAACAAGCGACUUUCACAACAGCACAGUUGUAUGCACAGCAAAAUUUAUGUUAUUCCAAGCUCGGCUAUUAGCUAAUCUUGUUUAGAUAUUGAUAUUUUAGAUUUUAGAUUCUAAAUACCCAUGCUGCCGUUAUUUAGUUUCACUCACAAAAUGCAACGUUUAACAAUAUUUCUGUUGUUCUAGAAGAUUGUACUGUAUAAUUUUCUGUGAAUCUACUCCAUAUAAAAAAAUAAAAAAAAUGGUAUGUAACUUAUGUUACUGCUAUAUAUGAUUUCACAUAUGUUUGGUCUGAGUGACACUGUAUAAUUUGUCCUCUGUGCAAUAAAAAAAUAAAAUUACAAAAAAAGACGACUUCAAAAAUCCUAACAACUGCAGUGCAUUGUUGUGGCUAUGGUACCAGGAAAGCCCUGUUGCCCCUCCCAUUGUAUGGAGUCAAACCAUUUUAGAACUGCUUGACCUCUUUCCUGGGGUCCUUUGGAUGCUGCUGCCCACUAUUCAGCAUGAGAGCCGGAAGCUGUAUGUGUAAGCUAAUUUUGAUGGUGCAGGGUUUAGCUCAAUGGCUGAGAAUGAUUAGCUGGCACUCUCCAGCAGUGAGUUAGCCCCAUAGUGAAAGUGGGGAGCAACACCCAUGGAUCGGGUUUAAAAACAACUUCAGUAUGUUUGGUUUUUGGAAUGUUCGUUUAACAUGCUUUAAGUAGCACUCCUCAGCAGAAUGCUUUGCAAGAUUUAGCAAUUAAAGGGACACUCUAAGCAACAUAAAAACCAAAGCUCCCCAUGGUACAUGGAUGCCAUCCUCUACUAAGCCGCAUUGAUCAUGUGGAAUGUAUACUUACACAUUAUCAAUGUCAGUUUUGUUGAAGUAGAAAGUGGUAAUUAAAGUGGAGUGCUGGGGUUGGGUUUGGUUUUGCUUUGACCUCAUUAUGAUUAGCAUUAUGAUAAAAUAUAUUAUUUUUUUGAGAAGCCUGCUCAUUGCAGCAAAAAUUAAAACCAAACAUAAAUGUAACAAAAUAAAAUAAAAUUCUAUUAAUUGCAUAUAGUAUGUGAGGACUGAAAUACAUUUGAUCAAGCACUGCUGCUUUACAUAGUCUAAAUCUAAAUAUAAUGCUAACAAUUUUUUUUUUUUUAAAUAUUUAUUUAUUUAUUUUUUUUUAGGCAUGCAGCGCUUACAAGGCCAGAAGAGCUGUCCUACCAAGUAAUCAGCAUAAAGGCCAGCGAAGUAAGUGGAACAUUGAAAGAAUUCACAUACAGUUGUGUAGAGAUAUAGGUAUCUCAUAAAAUAUCUGCAAGAAAAUGAUAUACAGUUUUUUAUAUAUAUAUAUAUAUAUAUAUAUAUAUAUAUAUAAUUUGAUGUAACCUCAUCUUAAUAUAUUAGAUGCGACGUUGUGGUUAGGUUAUUCCAUGUCAACUGUGGGACAAAAACUACAUGUAUUUUCUUAUUCUUGAUGUUUUCUUCUUUUUCUCGUCCAAGGUAAAGGAGUUCAGAAAUAUACCAUACAUAAGCUAUUAAACAUAUUCCAGUUCUCAAUGUAUAUUGCCACUACAGUUUAUAAAGAUGGGAAUAAAAGGCAAUGGAGGGAGAGAAGAUUAGUGGAAUAAACAUUAUAGUACAUAAUUUAAAUGAAUAAGAUCACAUUGUAUUGUAUUCCUUUAUUCCCUUACAAACUAGGCUUACAAACUGUUAUUUUCUGCGUUUUUACUCAGCGUUAUCUUGGGAUAUCCAACAGUUUUGUUUUCUAGUUUGAAUUUUCUUCUAACACAUAAUUAUUUUAUUUUUAGUAGUGAUUUUUUUUUUUUACCUGCAAAGGCUUGGAGUGGUGACGGGGGUGCGUUUUGCGCCCUGAUAUGCCAACCUUUUUAUGGGUUGGUGGAAGCUGCUCUUUGGAGAUGGUAAUCGUCUUAUUUUGUUCUAUUGGAUUUAAGCUUGAGCAUUUCAUCUUCUUAUAACUGAGUACUAUAGGAAACCAACAGCUGGAGAAUUUCUGACUCUUGGCAUCUAGCUGUCAUCCUAGUCACAUGUUUCCGGGUGAAUUUAUCCAUAUCAUGCGGAAUUGUUCUAAUGAAGAUACAUUUGAAUUUCAUGCAAAAUUACUUAGCGAUCGCUUAAAAACUAGGGGAUAUAGACCUGAUCAAAAUGAUGGUUAGAAUUGAGGUUAUAAAGUUGCUAAAAGCUGUACCAAGAAUCCUUACUUAAGGGAUCUCAAGCCAAAUUUGUCACAAAUUAAGAUAAGAAUUUAACCUCUUGUUCUCAAUAUAGCCAAGAGUUUAGUCAUAAUGUAGACAUUUUUUCAUACAUAUUAUGCCCAUUUUGCCAUUGUCCAUACAUAGGUUUUUAUGCAUUCCUUGUCAUUUUAUUUGUUUGUUUAUUUUAUCCCUAUUUUCCUAUGUUUUGGUGACAGUUUGUUCAUUCCUCACUAGAGGGCAAUAUUGGCAUUUGUAUGAUCUAUGUACUUGAACUUUUAAUAAUAGUUCUCUUGUGAAUAAAGCUUGACAUUAUUAAUAUGCAUAGCAGGGUGUUUAACCUGUUGUUUAGAGGGUUUAUUUAUCCCUAUGAGGAAAGACUGUUGCGUCCGAAACUCUUCCUGUUCCUCCCUGUGUUGUUUAUUGUUAGUACCGAGAAUAAAACCUUUUUUCCCUAUCCUGAUGAGUGCUUGUUUUGGCAUAUUGUACUCAAAAUCACUUUGUAUGUCAUGGCAUCUCUAAGUCUUGUGCUGUUAUCUGCAAGAUAUUUGAUAACAUCUUCUGAGCUUUGGACAAGGUAUACUUAGGUCUAUGAAUUUGAUAUAAAUUCAUGUCAUCAGCUAAUUGUGUGUUUUUUUUUGUUGUUUUUUUCUUGUAUUCAGUAUAUGAUACCCCAACCUUGCCACGAUAUUCCUUUUUUUAUUAUUUAAUAAAGUAGUAUAUUAUGCUUAUUGUAUGUUUGUAUAGCUGCCUAUUUCAAAUGUGUGUGUCUAGCUGUGUACUUUUCCAUUUACUAUUGUAUUGUUUAAUUCCAUGUCCUACUGCUUUAUUUUUAAUGUAUCAUUGGAAAACAAUAACCUACAGACUUGGUGGAGCAGAAUUUUACCAGGAUUUAAGACAUCACCCUUUUACAACUUCUUUCCAUUUUUUUAAAUUUAUAUUCCAAAAUGAGAGUGUAUAGAGUUAUUAAGUAGUAAUGAUGUUUCUUCUCUUUCAGGACCAGGACAGGAAUAAGGAACUUUCUAGAAUCAUGGGAGAAUUUCAGUCAGCAGAAUCAUGUAUACAAAGUACUAGCAAAGGAGAAGAUCUGUUAGCCAUGAUGGAUGGGCUUUGAGGAUUAUGUUGUUACUGUAUUCAUUCAAAAAAGGAUGUCCCUAAAAAUAUUUAAUGAACUUUACAAUCCACUUAAAGAAGAGACAGGAACUGUGGCAAAAUAUAAUCAUUGCCAUUGGUAUGUUUUUGUGAGGAGUUAAAGCAUAUUAAUGGCACAUGUAGCUGUUGCUCAUGGCAUAUUUAGGUGGCUGGUUCACUAAUACCACAUUUUUAGUAGUUUAAAAAAAUCUAUUUCUAAAGAAAGAUGCACCACAAUUAAUAUUUAGUGAGUGGUUAGUAUUAAAAAAGUGUUAUUAUUUCAAUUUAUUGCUGCAACUAUAAGUUUGCACCUUUGUUGACUUACACCAGACGAUGAAGCAAUAUAGUUCUUCCUCUGCCCAUCUAGAUAACCCACCCAACUUGGGGUGUGCACUGUGUACACGGUUUAUAUUCCCACCUCCCCUGACAGAUGCCUUCUGAGCUUAAAUGAAAUAGCCUGAUUAUCCAUUGCACAGUCCAUCUGAUGUACUCUCCUGAACAAAAAAUAAUGGCGGUUAAUUUAGCGUGAUGCUUUAUCUUUCCAGUGCGCCAAAUAAACCAAUUUUAGGAUGAAGAAAAAAGUACAUAGUGUAAUUUUCAUGCAUGCACUGAAUGCAUUCCUCCCUUAUUCGCACCAAACAAUCAACUUCCACUGACUGACAACCCAUGCUGCCUUUGCUUUUUUUCUGGAGGACAACAUUCACUUGCGCCUGCACUACAGUCAACUACUUGUAUUAGCAACUUUGUACACAGUGAUAACAAUACAGGUAAAUGUAAUGCUUUGCAACCUGCUUAGUCAUCUAGCAAGUAUACUUGAAAUUCUUUGUUCUAAUACCACCCAUUGAUAGUUCUAUGAAAUAAAAAAAUCUACAUCUUGCAUUUAUAA